UAAAGGAUUUAUUACUUGGAUGAAAGAGACAACACCAAACAAAACGUCAUGAAUGUGCAGCCUGGGUGCCAUUGAUUUAUUUAUUAUUCCUGAACAUUGGCCCCAUGGUUACUGAAAGAGGGGAAACAAAAUAAUGUGUAAAAGGCUGAGAGUGAAGAUAAAUCAUCAAAGUCUCAUUAUGGGAGGGAUGUCUUCCAUUACUGAAAUAGCAGCUUCAGUAAUUGGCAAUUUCUUGCCUCGCCCCUAAACUCUUGGAGUACACGUAUUCCCGCCUGUCAACCCAUGCUUAUUAAAUUUCAAUUAAUUCAUCAUGACUCCAUUAAAACUUAAUUCUUCAAAGACCUUUUCCGAGAAUCCCAUUCCCUCCUUAGGGGUAACAAGACUUUUUUGUACUGGUUCCACUAGCCAUGACGACGUCAUCGAUUAUUUGGAGGCUCUUAACGCUGUGGAGUGAGCGUUUAUAAACCAAGCAACAUCGGAAACUCCACCGCAUGGCGGGCCACUAGUCAGUUUGGAUUCAGUCGAGUCAUGAACGGGACAAACUUGACGACUGAAGAAGGCAAUGUCGGCCUGCGGGUGGUGGAAGGUGUCACUUUUGUGAUCAUUACCCUCCUGAUACUCAUCGGCAACUGUCUGUGUCUGCUUGUCCUACGACUCGCUCGGAGCAUGAACAGCGUGACCCGGGUGUUACUCAUCUCACUCACGGCAGCUGACCUGCUCAUGGGUACGGUCGUCGGCGCCCCCAUCCUCGGCACGGUCAUCGCAAAUGAGUGGCCUUAUGGGUACGUCUUCUGUGCCAUUUCGGCCUCCGGGAACCAAAUCUGCGCUACCACGUCUCUGUUCUCACUUCUCUUGAUCAACGCUGAGCGGUACGUGUGCAUCUCUCGCCCCCUGAGGUACUCUGAGAUUGUCACGGUCAAUCGCGCCCGGGGAGCUGUUGUCUGCGUUUGGAUCUUUGCUCUGUUCUUGGGUCUCUCAAACUGCUUUCUCCCGGGCAGGGUGGCCAACUACCACGAGUAUCUUCACUCCUGUUUUUUCGACCCUUCGUCCGGUAAUCCAGACGUCAUGGGCACCCUGUGCGUGAUUCUCUUUGUCUUUGCACCGUUCCCAGUCCUCAUCUUGAUGUACAUUCGCAUCUUCGUCAUUGCCCGACGACACGCAAAGGACAUGGAAGCUCGGGCCAUCGCGAUGUACGAGCAGGCUCAGCGACUCAGCCUCCAGGAGAACGGACGGAUCAGCCUUGACCAGGGACGCCGGCGAUUCUUCCCAGAGUACAAGGCGGCCAAGACAUUCGGUAUCAUUACUUUCACGUACGCUGUGGCCUGGAUGCCCUUCUUCUGCAUUGUCAUUUAUGAGAACCUCACCCUUACCAAAGCCCCACGUGGUUUGACUGUCACGGCAGCGUGCAUGGCCCUAUCCAACAGUUGGCUUAAUGUUCUCGUCUAUUACGUUCGCAAUGCUCUUUUCCGUGAUGCAGCGAAGGACAUAUUGUCGAAAUGUUUCCAUGACAGACUGCACAGGUUGUAAUCUUUUCACUUUUAAAAUAUCAUUUCUUACGUCAGUUUUAAUUUGACGGAACUUUUUCUUGAGCUGAUGGGUUACAUCUUUGAUUAAUUUAAUAUAGAUUGAAUUUUUGAUCUCAAGUCGAUUGGUUCUAAAUUUCAUGAUGAACGACGCAUGCAAAAUAAUUGUCUGUGGAGGCAUGCAUUUAGACCACUAUAUGGCUUUUUUGUUGCACGCGUUCAGACUUUUAACUGAGACAAGUCAGAAGAUAUAAUGAACUGCCACAUUGCCAAGCUUCAAUACGGAACUACAAAAGUGAUGAAGACAACAACAGUAUAACCCGCAGUGUGAACGAACAGAAUGAAAUAAAAAAUGGCGACUGUUUGGAAGUCUUUCCUUUCACGUAAUAGAAAGAUGAACCCAGUGUAUGAAGCCUAUAUUACUAACUUGCGACCUUACAUCGGCUACAAAAUCCCAACACUAAAAAGAAACCCGCAUUUUCCACAAGAACUAUAUGCCUAUUGGACUGUAUUUUGAACCAUGCUUUUCGGAAUUCUGUUCCUCUUGGGGUUCAUGGAGUAGUCACAGGCUUUGUGCUAUUCAAGGUUGACUUAGAUUGGCACUGUAAUUUCAUUUUGAUUAAAAGACCUCUGCGAUAAUUGAA